UCAAAACGAAAUACAAAGUAUAUAGAAUAAUAUCAAAUGUGUAUCAUUUCAAAACUACAUCUGCAUCGCUAUUAUCUGGUUCUCAUCAAUCGCAAUGAUAAAAUGCUGAUCGUGGUUCUGUUGAUUGUGGCGCUCAUCGAAGCGAUUGGCGCCUUUCAACCGGAGUUCGUGGAAAGCAUUUCGAAUGUGUCCGUCGCUGUGGGUCGCGACGCAACCUUCACCUGUCACGUUCGCCACUUGGGUGGCUAUCGUGUGGGCUGGCUUAAGGCCGACACAAAAGCCAUCCAGGCGAUACACGAGAACGUCAUCACACACAAUCCACGUGUGACUGUCAGUCAUUUGGAUCAGAACACUUGGAAUCUGCACAUCAAGGCCGUUUCUGAGGAGGAUCGAGGCGGUUACAUGUGCCAACUGAAUACAGAUCCAAUGAAAAGUCAAAUUGGGUUUCUGGAUGUUGUCAUACCACCGGACUUUAUCAGCGAGGAUACAUCAUCGGAUGUGAUUGUGCCCGAGGGCAGUUCAGUGCGUUUGACAUGUCGCGCUCGCGGAUAUCCGGAACCAAUUGUGACCUGGCGUCGCGAGGAUGGCAGCGAAAUAGUGCUCAAAGACAACGCUGGCACCAAAACACUGGUUUCCUCGUAUCGUGGCGAGGUGCUCAAGCUGACAAAAAUCUCACGUAAUGAGAUGGGCUCGUAUCUGUGCAUCGCCUCCAAUGGGGUGCCCCCAUCGGUUUCAAAGCGCAUCUCGCUCAGCAUACACUUUCAUCCCGUUAUACAAGUGCCGAAUCAAUUAGUUGGAGCACCGCUUGGCACUGAUGUUCAAAUCGAGUGUCACGUUGAGGCCUCUCCCAAAUCAAUUAACUACUGGAUUAAGGAUACCGGUGAAAUGAUUGUGUCGUCGGGCAAAUAUCAUGUACAGGAAAGCUCCCAAUCCAUGUACGAGACCAAAAUGUCGAUGAUUGUUCGCAAAUUUCAGAAGGACGAUGUCGGCUCCUACCGUUGCAUAGCGAAGAACUCGCUGGGCGAGGUUGACAGCAGCAUCCGGCUAUACGAAAUCCCGGGACCAAAUCGUAAAAGUCCAUCAAAUAGCAAAGGAAACAGCAACAAUAACAACAACAAUGCUGGCAACACUGGCAACGCCGCCGACACGGAUGCCAAUGACAUUUUAAAACUGAAACAACAAGUCAAAGUCACCUAUCAGCCAGACGACGACGAGCUCUACGGCUCCGCUGAGGAUUUCGAUGACGGCGAGUUCGCUGGCGGAAUGCCGCCCUUAUCGCCUCACCAUUACUACACCAGCGGCAAUAAGCCUCCGACACAUAAGCCUGGCGGUGGUGUUAAUGGUGGUGGUGGUGGUGGCCAUCAGCACCAUCAUCAUACACAACAGACGCAAUCGGGUGGCACGGGCGGCACUGGUGGCAUCGAGUUGGCAUUUGGCAACACCCGAAAGCCAACCUAUUACGGUGGCAGCGGCGUUGCCGGCGGUGUUGGCGGCGCCACGGGCAACACCGAUGUCCGCGGCCCCAUGGACAACAACGAACUGAGCUCCGGCGGUGCCUCCCUAAACCACCACUAUCAGCAUCACUAUCACAGUCAACAGCUCCGGCUCCGGCUCCAACUCCAACUCCGGCUCGGGAUCUGGCUCUGGCUCUGGCUUCCACUGUGGCUGUGGCUGUCGCUGUCCCACUGUCGACAGCCGCUCUUAAUGGGUUUGUCCGGCUUAGUUGCAGCAUUCACACUGUUAUAAUACACACACACUCGCACACAC